AUGUCUUCACAACAACAUAAUGGAUCUAAUGAAUUGAUUAGUAAUUUUAGUAUACAAUCUAUGUUAAAUUUAACUGAUGAACAAGAACAUUCUACUGUGAAAUGUUCUAUGAAUAACUUGAAUAAUCAUGAUAAUACUGAAAAUACACAACAAGAUUUAUUAUAUUUGAGUCCAUUCAAUUCAAAUAUUAUCAAUACAUCAUUGACUAAUAUUCAACAUAAAUUGAAAGAAAAACAACUUAAUAAUAAUGGUUUACAAAACUAUGAAAUGAAUGAUAUUUUUCAUAAUCUAAUCAGUAAUCAUUGUCAACAACAUUAUCAUCAAACGUAUAAUCUUCAUCGAUAUUCAACAUCGAAUAAUACAUGGGAAAAUUAUUUGAAUUCUAAUCAUUCUGAUAAUAUUCCUGUUACUUUAUUAUCUGGAUUAUCAACAACAUCAACAAUGUCAACAACGCCAACAACAAUACAUAAUGAAAAUAUGAAUCAUUCAUCUGUUAUGACUAAUCUUACAUUACCUGAAGAUACUAUGAAUUAUCAAUCAACCAGUGAUUCUUUGUCGAUUAGUCCAUCAACACCACAAUCAUUAAAUUAUUCAUUAUCUGAUCCGAUGUUAUCAAAUAAUCCAUUGAGUAGUUCGCCUAUACAAAGGAAACGCAAAUUGACUGAUCAUAUUAAUAGAAAUGAGAAUUGCAUGAAUAAUAACAACUAUUAUGAACAUAAUGACAACAAAGAUGAAAAUCAUGAAAGUAAACGACAGCAUUUAUCAGAAGAUAACGAGAAGGAAGAAGGUGAUGACAAUGAUAAUAACGAUGAUCAAGGUGAAGAUGAUGAUGAUGACGAUGAACUAAAUGAAGAUGAUAAAGAAAGUAAAGAGAAUGAAAAAGAUGAAGAUGAUGUCAACAGUGUUACAGAUGAAAAAUCAAAAUCGAAUAAAACAAAAGAGAAUCCUGAUUCGGAUAAACCACCAUUCAGUUAUAAUGCAUUAAUUAUGAUGGCAAUUAGAAAUAGUUCAGAGAAACGCUUAACAUUAAAUGGUAUAUAUGAUUUUAUUACAACUAAUUUUCCAUAUUAUAAAAACAACAAACAAGGUUGGCAAAAUUCUAUAAGACAUAAUUUAUCACUAAAUAAAUGUUUCGUUAAAGUACCACGUGCAUAUGAUGAUCCAGGGAAAGGUAAUUAUUGGAUGCUUGAUCCAUCAUGUGAAGAUGUAUAUAUUGGAGGUACAACUGGAAAAUUAAGACGUCGAACAAAUUCAUUACAACGUAGUCGAUUAUUUAAUCUACGUUUGGCUAGUUAUUAUGCGUCAUUAGCUAGAAAUUAUUCAAUUCCAUCUAAUGUUGAACAGUUUUCAUCAACUCCACUUGCAAUGUUUCAUCAUCCUACAGUAAUGCAUAAAUCACAGUUCAUAUCAAAUAAUAAUAGUAAUGGCCUAAAUUCAUUUCAUCCAUCAGUUGAUGAUGUACCACCGUUCUUAGAUUUAUUUAAUCGUAUUUCAGUCGAACAAACGCCAUUUUUAUCAUCACCUUUCCUAAAUCCAUGCAGUAAUCCUGUCUAUGACAACUCAUUUUACAACAGAUCAUAUGCACCAAAUAAUUAUGAACCAAUCUUAGAUCAUUUAAGUAUUCAUCGAUCCAACGCCCAUAAAUAUCAUCCUAUUUCAGAACAUUUAUCUCCUCCUCCACCUCUAUCAUCAGCACCAUCAACAUCACCACUGACGUCGAUAAAUCUAUCAUCUAAGUUAUCAGCAUCACCUCUGUAUCCUCUUUCUCAUGGACAAUAUCCUCCUUCAUUGAUGAAUUCUUAUCCUAGUUCAAUGUUACGCAAUACAAACGAAACUAAAUUCUCUGAUGAACAGUGGCUUUCAAGUAAUCUUAAGUUAGAUUGUUCUAACUCAAAAAUAUGGGAUACACCAAAGUCCCAAAUUAAUAGUUUAUCUACAAACAAACAGUUAACAUCACCAACAAAAGGGAUCAAUAUUUCUCCACAGAGUAGUACCAUGAUGAAAAAACUAAUGUUAAUGAAUACUGAUUCACAACAGAAACAACUGAAUAAAGCUCCUGAAAGAAAAAUUCAAGAAUCUAUGGAUUUUUUAUUAGGUGUGUAUGGAUCACUUUUAAAUACACACUCUGAUAUAAUCAAGAAUACAAAUAAUUAUGUUCAGUUUCAGAAUAAUAGAGAUAACGAUUUACACUAUACUUUACCUGUAAAUGGGGCAAAAAUCUAAAACAUGGCCAUUUUGUAUUUUUCAGUAAGCGAUUUUAUCUUUUAUGUAAUUUAUUAUGACCGUUAUUGUCAUCAAAUGUAAUGUAGCAAUACAACAUGGUGAUGAUGAUUAGAGUCCGAACAAUUGUAGUAUUACUCCUACUACUUACAUAAUUACGAGUAGUUUUACUCAACACUUCAUAAUUCAUUUACAUUGAUGACAUGUUAGAAUUAAUUUCAUUUAUUGUAAGUGAAUCACCUUUGACAGUAUUUUUUCCGUGAUGAUGUCCUUUCUUUCCAUUUUUCUUCACCUUACUGAUUCUCUUCUUUUGACAUGUAAAUUUUAGUUAUUAUCUGAUUUUCCUCAAGAGUCCAUACAUGUAGCUACAUGUGUUUUGAGCAUACUAUCUUUAAUCAUGACUAGACCAUACAAAUGUGUUAAAAAUCCUUAUUUAUUUUGAUUAGCUAAUUAUUUUAAUCAAUUCUAUUGUAAAUAGGUUUUAUCCAAAUAAAAUUGAAGUUAUUUUACAUA